GAUAUGGGCUAGGCAUUUGGCUGACAUCCCCUAACCUUAAUGAAUGGGGCUCUAUUCCUAACCUAAACUAAAAGAUAACUCACACCAUACCUCUAAAACCAAGUUUUGCACAGUACUAGUUAAAGCCAAAGUGUCCAAUUAAACAUUUAAAGACAAGUACACACACACACACACACACACACACACACACACACACACACACACACACACACACACAUACACACACACACACACACCUUGUAAAAGCUGUUUAUUUUACUCAUUUCAUCAGAUCUGUGAGCCACUAGGGGCGACUAAAGAGAGGAGACUAAAGGGGACAUGAGGCCUCUGGACUCCACAUGAGGCCUCUGGACUCCACGUGAUGCUCCCAGAGAUAUUGAUAACCAUCCUAGAGGACGAAAAGGCCAGUUGGUUGGUUGAGUCAAGUGGAGACACGCGCAUGUCGGGACAUUCCUGUAAAUCCACCCUGACGUUCCAGUAGUGGAAAUGAAGCGAUUGUUCUUGUUUAUUUCUACUUUUAGGGGGUUUAUUAAUAUAACAUUUUUUGAAAAGCGAGAACUCUUGUCAAGUUCCUAGUGUUGCUUGUAUGAUGGUGUCAUAAAACGUGUAAUCACAAAAGGUAAUAUCAGAGUUGUAGCAGGGUUUGCUUUUUUGUUUGUUUUUUAAAGCAAACUAGUAAUAAUUGAUGCACAUGUAAUGACACGUCCCAGAGGAGCAUGGCUACUGGCUGGAAGGAUCUCCUGAAACCUUCUGUGCUCCAGCAGACCCAAAGAAGACUUUUAUUUACCACUCUGCUCUGCUAUGAACCUCAAUGUGUUCUGUAGAGCAGUGGUUCCCAAUCUUUUUUUUCAGAUGACCCACAUUUUGAAAAAGACAAAACAUCGUGACCUCAUUAAAAAAAAGUGUUUUUACUCAUUGUAAAUGCAACUGUUCUUUAAACAAAAUCCAAUGCAUUUUCUUAUCCUUUGCUGCACAUUAUCUCUAGAUGCUGAAAAGGCUUUUGAUAGAGUUAACUGGAAGUUCUUAUUUGCAACUUUACAUAAAUUUGGUUUUGGGAACUUCUUCAUAAACUGGCUACAAACAGUAUACAGUUCACCAACAGCACGUGUCAGGACGAACGACCAAAUAUCAGCUAGCUUCUGUCUUCAGUGGGGGACCAGGCAGGGAUGCCCACUCUCCUCCUAAUUGUUUGCUUUCUUUAUCGAACCACUAGCAGCAGGAAUUAGGCAAACAACAGGUAUUAAAGGCAUUAAAUGUAAGAAAAUAGAACAUAAGAUUAGUCUUUAUGCAGAUGAUGUUUUACUCUUUCUCCAGAACUCUCAAUCCUCUCUCUCCCAAGCAAUCGAACUAAUGAACUAUUUUUCAAGAGUUUCAGAUUACUCAAUAAACUGGUUAAAAUCCACUGUUCUACCAAUUAAUUUCUCAUUUGUCAAUUUACUUAAUACACAAAUGGAGUCAGGGAAUAUCACAUACCAGGGAAUUGUCUCUUCCAAGUUGGCAGAUCUAACCAAACUAAACUACAUCCCAGUUUUAAAGAAAAUGGAAGAUGAUUUUGCAAGAUGGAAAUCCUUACUGAUAUCACUCAUGGGGAGGGUUGCUACAAUUAAAAUGAUGGUCUUACCCAGAAUAAAUUACUUAUCUUCAGGGCCCGACCGAUAUGCUUUUUUUGGGACCGAUACCGUUAUAAAACUUUUAACAAAGGCCGAUAGCCAAUAUAAUGGCCGAUAAAUCUCCCUCACAAAAAAAGGUAGCGCAAUAUUGGCCAUAUAGGCCGUCUUUUUGGCCGAUAGCCGAUAGUGUUAAUGACCCCUAUAUCGGCCAACAAUAUCGGCCGGCCGAUAUAUCGGUCGGGCCCUACUUAUUUUCAAUGAUCCCAAACAAGUCACCAGCUGACUGGUUUAGAUCUCUCGACUCCUCAAUUACCAAAUUCCUUUGGCAGGAUAAACGUCCAUGAAUUAGCUUAAAAACACUUCAGAAGACCAAAGACAAAGGAGGACUGGAUCUACCCAACUUUUAUUAUUAUUUCUUAGCCAACAGGCUGCAAUAUAUACCAAGAUGGUUGCAAGAUAACCCACUAGAUGAGUCCUGGUCAGACAUAGAACAGACACUUUGCAAUAUGAUAGAGCUUUCAGAGUUACCAUUUAUUUGCUCAAGCAUAAGAAAACAUGAAGGCUUCAAAAGUAUUAGUAUCAGCACCUCUCUGACAGCAUGGUGGGAGUAUCUUAAAAUGACAGAGUCUUCACUAGUACCAUGCAGACGCACACCUAUCUGGAAUAAUCCUGAUAUUUUGUAAAAAAAACAAACAAAAUGAUGAACCUUCCGGACUAGAAUAAUAAAGGAAUCCUAUACCUGGAACACAUAUAUGAAGGAUUGGACUUCAUCCCAUUUAAUACAAUAGUCUCCCAAUUUUAAAUAGAUAAGAAUAGCUUUUCAGAAUAUCACCAAAUUAAAUCUAUAGUCAAACAAAAAUUUAAGCUCAAUAAAAUAGAAUUACAAACACCACCAAGGGUAUUGGACUUCUAUAAUCUCAAACCCCCCAAACUACUGUCUAAAGUAUAUAAGACACUGUCCAAAAUAGACGAUAGAAUAGCAAUCCCUGUUGAAAAAUGGGAGGUGCCCAACCAGCCAUUCCUCCCCAUCCCCGCAUAUUUCUCCUCCUGCUCCCUCACAUCAUCACACAAACAUACACAUAGGACCUUGGGGGGUGGACAAGUCAGGGAGUGCGGGUAUGGACCCCAUUUCCGCAUUCCUGUGGCAAUCUGCCCCCCAAUUUUAUUUGCACCUUAUACACUUCCACCGAUGACAUUCCACGCAAACACACACUUAGGGCAUUGGGAGUGAGCACAUUCAACGGCACUUGGCAGGGGGAUUUCUCAGCCUCCUCCCGAGUGCCGGUGCCCACUUCCAAUUUUAAACUGCAUUUAGACACCGAGGGCUGUGGGUGCAAUUGGGGUGGUGCGGUGGCAUCAGCUGGCAUAGGCCAGACGAUGCCCGCACUGCCCGCUCACCACAGCUAUGGAAUACACCGCAUGAACACACAACACUAUAUUGGAGCAGGCGGAGGGAGACUAGGGGGUCUUAGCACACCUCUGUUGUUGCUUGGCUUCCUGGGGCUGGAGGCUAGGAGGGACCUCUGGCCAUCUGGUUGGGGUCUGGGGUGGUGGGUUGCUGUGCUCAUCGCUGGGCCGGGGAGCCUGCUCAUCAGCACCCCAGUAGAAAGGGUCAAAAUCUGGUAACCGGUGAUGGUUUUACCCAAUGUGAGCAGUACCGGGACCAGAGUGAAUAGGGUGUGUAUGGGGAGCAUGAGUGGGUGUCCGGCGUACAUUUUUGUAAGUCUUGGGUUGUAUGUGCAUGCGUGAGCAUGAGGGAGGGAGUGUGUUACUGUGUUUGUGUAUGACUGUAUAUGUCAGGUGGGGCCUUUGACUCCUCCCCUCUCCUGGGACUUCUUUUGAUGAUAUAGAUCUUCGUCUCCCCUCCCUCUGCCACACCUGGUGGGGUGUGGUGCCUUGGUCUGCCUGAGUGUUUGUGGCUCCCAGGUCAGGGGGUUUAAGAUUUUUGGCGUCUGCCUGGUCAAUCCCGGUGGCUGCCUGGUGGGGUCUGGGUCCCUGGGCUCUGCUGGGUCCCCGGCGGGGGUGGUCGCCCCUGGGUCACGGGCUCAGCCAGCUAGGGGGUGGGAGGCUACGGGCGGGCCUGUGGGCUUGCCGCUGAUAUCUCCCGGGACUCUGCCAGCUGCUGGUUGUGGCCCCCUGGGGCGAUCCUCUGUGCCUCUCGAGGUGGGCGGGUGCCUUUCUGGUUGCAGUCUCCUUGGGGUUCCUAUGUUCUGGGGCAGCACCUGGAUCUCUGGGACUUGGAGCUCCCCCCGUCUCCUACACAUUUUUGGGGGGCAGAUCUGUGGCCCCUUACACUCUCUAUUGGACGCUCCUGUAGAGAAAUCUUACAUAAACAAGCGCGUGUACACACACAGGUGCUCAUAUGGUGCUCUCAUAAGUAUGGACUUGGCCACAUUCAACACAUGUCAAGGCUGUGGUUGGCACUAAAUGCACUGUGAUUUAUUAUCGUGAUUGUUCAGUUAAACAAUGUUGAUUUUAUAUUUCCUCAUCAGGUUGACGCAGUGAUAGUUUGCUCCUGUAGUAUUGUUGUGUUUCCCUUUUCUGCAGGUCUAGAAGCAGACUCUUGUUCAUCAUUGAUUGUUUAUUUUUGUAAACCCCUUCCCUUUGUCUCUUCCUUUCUCUUUCAAAUCCUUCUCCGUGUCUGGUCGGUAUGACAAAGCAUUCAAAAAACAAUAACAAUAAAGUUUAAAGUAGCAGGCAUGACAUUAAAGCAGAAGCUUUGAUGCUCCACCUGAGAGUAAAUCUGUAAGGCUUGUCACCUGCAAUCAGACAUUAAUUCUGUUUGCUUCACAUCCAGACAGGACACGAGGAAAAAAAGAAAUAAAAAAAUUAAAAAAUUUAAAUAAAAAUAAAAAAAGAAAGAAAAUUAUUUUAUAAUUUGAAGAAAGUAGUAUAGUUCCCCUUUUCUUCUUCCGGCUCUUGGAGGGUUCAGACGCUUUUUUCCUCCUCUCCUCCAAAUCUUAUCGUCAAGGCCCUUUGUCUGUCUGUGUGUGCUGGGUGCACGGCUGCUUCUGCAUUUUUUCUGGAAACUGGAAACUGAAAUUUACUAAAAUGGAUCUCGUCAGUUGGUCACUCAAUGCGAUAGAUAAAAAAUUUUCAAUGAUGAGAACGGGAGAAGGGGCUCCCAGAUGCCUCUAUGUGACAGACCCAGUUGGACACAUCAUGGACUCCUGGAAACAGUGGAACUUGAUUUUUUUUAUCUCAGCUGUCUCUGGAGGACUCUGAAGACAUGUGGAUAUUCGUGGUGUUGGUGUCAUGUUUCCUGCUCAUUGGUCUUGGAGGCUACCUGGCUUACCGGAAUAUUUACGAGCUGUCGAGGAAUAUUGGCCUGAUCCCUGAGCUCAGGGAUGGUUUGCACCACGCUGUGAAUUCACUUACUCACAUAAUUGUCGAGAUGAAUCGUACGCUUGGGACUUUUGCCAAGAUUCAUAUUGGCACAAAAGAUAGAUGCCAUCAAGGAGAGAGUGGACGAAUCAGCACGGAUUGGGAUAGAUUAAUGUCCAUUAUUGGGAUUUUGAGAGGUUGAGGACCAACAAACGGUAAGACAGAGAGGAAAUGAUCUCUGUCUGGCCCCAAAACAAUUUCUAAUCGGAAUCUGGCGCCCUUGAGCCUGCAAGGCUCCAACGAAAACUACCCCCUCAGAAGAUAUGUGGAAUGUGCCGUCGCUAUGGCAACUCAACUCUGUCUCCUAUCCCAGCCUGGGCGGGACUGCGGGAAGGCCGCUGAAACGUUCCAGGGUCACUGCAACCCUCCAACCCUCAAUGCUCCUCCCCCUAUCCACACUGAGGUGACAUGUGCUGCUUCUAUCGUGGCUGCAGGAACUGAAGUGGGAAUAGUCCCAACCCACCACCCCACCUAGUGGACACUUAUGUUGUGUUGUCUGAAGUCUGUUGCAUAUCUGUCUGAGGUGUUUUUUUGCAGAGCAAAGCUGCCCUCCCGGUGGAGGGUAACUCUGAAGUGCCUUUUUUCCCCUCCACCUGAACCACCCCUCAUGUAACCCUCAUCUCUAUUAAGGUAGCGCGACUCAGGGUUGCGAAUGACUACAGUCACCAAUUCUUGUCAUGUGUCUUGCCCAUGUAUGUCUGAUCUCUGAAUUGUGUGUACUGAAACUCUAAUUUCCCUCUGGGAUUAAUAAAUAAUAAUAAUAAUAAUAAUAAUAAUAAUAAUAAUAGCCUUUAUUGCCAUUGUACAGGAUACAACGAAAUUGGAGUGCCACUCCCUUGGUGCACAAUACAAUAAUACCUCUAAAUAUAAAGGUCCCCUAAAACAAAACAAUAGUCAGUAACAACACAAUAGUAAGUAACAAAAACACUAGUAAGUGACAAAAUAAUAGAAAGUAAUAUAUGCCGACUAGCACACUAUAUACAGAACAGCAGCUACCAUAUCAUGUAAAAAAAAUGGCAUUAGAAUAGCAGUAUAGUAGUUGACGGUGACCUUGACAGUCGCUAAGCAGUUUUAAUUGUUUUUAUGCUUAUUCACUAUAGAGAUCGCCCUGGGAAAGAAGCUAUCCCUGAAUCUGUUUGACCUUGUUUUAUGUGACCUAUACCGUCGACCUGAUGGUAAUAGUUGAAAGACGUGAUUGCUGGGGUGAGAUUGGUCCUUGAUGAUAUGAAAGUAUAUUUGAUUUGAUUUGAUUUGAUUUUAAAUUCAAUAAAUACAACUCUCUGCCUUCAGCAGACUAAGUAAUGACUGAGAAUUGUUUCACAUUGUCCUCUGUUAUUUAGUUUUUCUUCCUCCCAUGCAGUAUUUAAUAAAAGGUUCAUUUCUAGUCUUCAUUCUGCAGCUUUUUACUCUUAGCUGUAGGGAUUUUUUUUUGCCACAUUAUUAUAUUUAUUUUCCCCUUCCAGUCACAAUCACAGCUUUAUUCAAGACAAACUUCAGGAUGGAGUUCCCUUUGACCUCUAGGAGCUGCCUGCAUUUACAAUUAUAGGGAUCUCGUGUGGCUUCCUGGGAGCGUUCUUUGGUUACCUGAACAGACAGGUGGUUCUGUUUAUGAGGAGGCCGAUGGCUCUCACUUGCUUUCUAACCAAACAUUGUUUGAUCUGUCCUGGAGCAGUGACACUGGUCAUCGCCACCUUCACGUUUCCCCCUGGUUUUGGACAGUUUAUGGCCGGGGAGCUGAUGCCCAGAGAAUGCAUCAACUCCCUUUUCGAUAUUUUCACCUGGACCAAAAUCGCUGGGCCCCCUGCUCCAACUGGCCUCGGUUGCUCUUCCGCAUGGCUGCAUCCUCGUGUCAGCGUCUUCUUUGUCCUCCUCCUCUUCUUCAUCAUGAAGUUCUGGAUGUCAGCAGUUUCCACCACCAUGCCCAUCCCCUCCGGUGCCUUUUUGCCCACGUUCAUUUUAGAAGGUGCGUUCGGUCGGCUUGUCGGGGAGAUCACGGCCACGCUUUUCUCAAACGGGAUACUGUUUGAUGAAAUCAUUUGCCGAACACUACCAGGAGGCUAUGCCGUCAUUGGCACGGCGGUGAUGAGGGGCGCUGUCACACACACAGUUUCCACAGCGGUGAUCUGCUUCGAGCUGACGGGUCAGAUCUCCCAAAUCCUACCCAUGAUGGUGGCGGUCAUCCUGGCCAACAUGGUGGCCCAGGGUCUGCAACCGUCUAUCUACGACUCCAUCAUCCAGGUGAAGAGGCUACCCUACCUGCCGGAGCUGGCUCUCGGACACAUCAGCAAGUACAACAUCUUCGUGGAGGACAUCAUGGUGUGCAAAGUCAAGUUCCUGUCUUCUCAGUCCACCUACCGGCAAUUAAACCACCUGCUGGAGACCACCACCCUGAAAACCAUCCCGCUCGUCGACUCUAAAGAAUGCAUGAUUCUACUUGGCUCGAUUGAGAGGACUGAGCUUCAGGCUGUCUUGGACUGGUGGCUCUCUCCAGAAAGGCGAGUCUUUGAAAGAGGUCAGUGUUCACCAGACCAAGGCUCCAAAACCAGCUGGGAGUCCUUCACCUUUGUAGACGAGGAGGAAGACAAUGUUCCUGACAAGACCGUCACGCCCGCUCAGGAGGAAUGCAAUGGGCCCAUCCCAUCCCCCGCCCCUCAGGAGCCCUCCACCAACAACAGACAAACGCAAGCUGCCAUCUGUCAGGAGGACUCUUCAGCGACUCUUCUCCUCCUCGUCUUCGACAGAUCAGGCGGAAACUCAGGAAGCCAUGACUCCUCCGCUCGCUGACACCAUGUGCCCUGAGGAGAUCAAAACCUGAGAGGAGGCGGAGCUGGACAAGCCUUUUGACAUGGAGAAGAAGAAGAAGAAGAAAAUAUAAUUUCUAUAGCGCCUCUCAAGAUAAAAAUCACAUGGCGCUUCACAAAAACAAAAACUAAAAAUAUUUAAAAAAUAUAAAAAAGCAUUUAGAAAAUGUUUAAAAAUAUAUUUCAAAUGAGCAAAAAUAAGCAAUUGCGAUUUAAAAGAAAAAAUGUAAAGAAAGAGAGAGAGU